AAUCUUAUUUUACUGCUUGUGGACGGUCUUACAAAUCCUUCGAUUUCUUCAAUAAUUGGAGGAAAUCGUCGAGAUUUGGUUUCAGAUCUAUUUUGAAGAGUGUUUAAGUUCAUUUGAAGUUUUAUCUUAUUUUAGUUAAAAAGCACUUGACAAUUGGUUGAGGUUCAGUUUAAGAUCAUUAUUAUUUUUUGCUCUCCUCGAAUAAUUGCUGCAGAUUUCCACCAUGAAUCCCGAAUAUGACUAUUUGUUCAAGCUGCUGCUGAUUGGAGAUUCUGGUGUUGGAAAAUCAUGUCUUCUGCUGAGGUUUGCGGAUGAUUCGUAUCUUGAGAGUUAUAUCAGUACAAUCGGUGUUGAUUUUAAAAUUCGUACAGUAGAACUGGAUGGAAAGACAGUAAAACUUCAGAUUUGGGACACAGCAGGGCAAGAGCGGUUUAGAACGAUAACUAGUAGCUAUUAUCGUGGUGCACAUGGUAUUAUUGUGGUAUAUGAUGUCACUGACCAGGAGAGCUUCAACAAUGUCAAGCAAUGGUUGAAUGAGAUUGACCGCUAUGCGAGUGAAAAUGUGAAUAAGUUGCUUGUUGGUAACAAGAAUGAUUUGACUGCAAAGAAAGUAGUUGAUUAUCAAACAGCUAAGUCGUUUGCCGAUGAGAUUGGGAUUCCAUUUUUAGAGACAAGUGCUAAGAAUGCAACAAAUGUGGAGGAAGCUUUCAUGACCAUGGCUGCUGAAAUAAAGAACAGGAUGGCCAGUCAACCGGCCAUGAAUACUACAAGACCAAGUACAAUUCAAAUGAAAGGAGAACCAGUUGCCUCUAAGAGUGGCUGCUGCUCAUAGAUGAUGCAGAUUUGUGUUAAGACUUGUACAAUAUUGAUUUCUCAGGCUACACAUUUGGAUUCAUUUAUCUGUAUUGUGUGAUUGCUCCAAAGAGGUCUAGAAUUCAUGGAGACCUAUAAUCUCAACUGUCUAUUGCAAAUCCGAUCUCCUUGAUUGGAGUUGACUACUAUUUAAGAAUAAUGUAUAGUGAUUUACUAUUCACACAUUGCCAAGUGUGAUAAACAUUCUCAAAAUUCUCUAAAUGGUCUUAUUUUGGUCAUUUUUGGAGGAAUGUGAGUUGUUAUAUUUUGAUUAUUACAUCAGGCUUUCCACUAGACACUGUAACGUGUUAUUCAAUGGUUUAAAUAUAAUUUGAGAUAGCAUCCAUUCAUUCCC